AUGCCACCACCUGUGCCCUUCCCCCCUUUCCCCCCUGUCAAGCCUGAGACCGCAAGGGAUCGACAAUCGAAAAACGACUCCGAGGCCGAUUCGAAGGCCGAUACUCGAACCGCAACCGUAGAACUCCUCUCAGACGAUGAUACCGGAAACGACCCAGAGACCGGCAAGGAAACCGUGACUCUCGCCCCUGUACGCGAGAACACGUUCGGUAACGUCACUGAGGAAGCCCUUAGGCAAAACGGUCGUCCCAUGUUCGAGUUGAUGGUGUCCUUUUUGCAUCAAGCGUUGGAGCACGACCAUCCUCUCUUCGAUACCCUACCUAGGGAAUUCGGCGGUCGAGGUACCAGCUUGACCAGCGCCAAGAUCGAUCUCUACUGCGCCCUGGCUCCGGAACCUCCUACGCCCGAGGAAUAUCGCCGCAUUCGAGUCGAACUCAACUCCAAUGCCGAGUACGACAAACAGGUCGCGGACUAUCUAGCCGAACACGAUGGGCAGGAGUUGUAUCACCCUGGUUGCGAGCUGUACUGGCGUCACAUCCGAUCGAAGCGGUUCCAAUUCCUCGGACCCGGCUGGGGUCCCGCUCCUGGGACCACGGACGAUCAGUUUUCCACUUUGAAUCGAGGCCAUACAGGUCACGUAUCCGGCAGCAUCUUCAGUCCCCUCUUUGAUGCCUCCGAAUAUGGUGACGAUUUGACGAUGAAGAAUGGAAAGAUCGUCGAGCUGACCAAUAACGGAAAGUCGGCCCAAGGACCGCUCGUCCCCAACGGAGCGCCGAUCAUCAACGGUAUGCAGAGCCUGAUCAAGUUGGACUGCUGGUCGACCGAGUAUCCGGUGACGAGGAACAGCGGCUGGCAAGGAAAUAGCGAAAAGGCUAUCCAAGAUUUGCAACCUAUACUCAUCCAAGACAUGAAGCCCAAUGUCCAGCAGGAAGGGAAAUACCUUCUCUGCCGGGUCGUCAGCGCCCCAAUCGUUCUCCUUGACAUGUCCGUCUGGGUCGCGGAUGAGGAAGGCAAGACGAUGCGGCUGUCCAUUCAUAACACGCCGAUUCAGCCUGUGCAUCUCGGCUAUCCGGGGAUCAGCGAGUACGAAGCUAUGUUUCCCCUCGAUACCAUCUUGCUCAUCAAGGAGCCGUACCUGGACGACGAAUUGGAGUCGCCUAACAUCCCAGUCACUUCGCCCACUGAUAUCAAGAUCAUCAGCCUCAAGGACCCUCUUGUCGCCAAUGUUACCUGGAAGAAAUUUCGAAGUGCCGUCCCCGGCGCGAUUCAUGAGAUGGGACAAGAGCGCCCUGAACCCUUCGACAAGAUGAAGCAGGACGCGGAGGCGCUUUUCGCGGAAGGGUCGUUCUUCCUUGCGGAGCGGAAGACUACCAAAGCGAUCGAGGAAUAUCAUGAUCAUCCCGACGUCACAUCGCUACGAGCUCUUCGCGCGGAGAUUGACAUGAAACUCGAACGAUGGUAUCAGGCGGAAGCGGAUGCUGAGUUCGUGGUCGAGUCCACCAUGCAUCAGAUCGACAAGGGCGAUGCGGGCAAGAAGAAGAGGAAGAGCCUUGGUGCCAUGCUGCGUAAAGCCAUGCUCAUCGCCGCAUUGUCUCUCUACAAAGUUCGAGCGUGGAAGGCCGCCGAGGUUGCGUUCGAACGGGGUCUACAAAGAUACACCGAUUCCGAUCCAUUUCGCUAUGGUCUGAGCCAGACGAGAGACAGGAUCAAGGAGACCGAGACCGGGGUUUACGACUGGUUGGCCAUAGCUCAAGCCGCUUACAAGGGUGAUUUAACACAUCAGAUCGGAGACUACGUCGGCUCCAUCGAGGAGAGGGAUUUCUCCGGGAUGGGUAAAGGCAUGGUUGCUAGCAAGGAUCUCAAGGCCGGCGAACUGCUCGUCGCGACGAAUGCUCUGCACAUCAGCAACGCGAAGGAGGCAGAGGACAUGAUCGACGCGGGAUCCGAGAGAGGCUACCACAUGAUGCGCUCCGGUUACAAGCCUGUCUUUUGGAGUGGGAUGCAGGCGCUUGUGUACAAGGCUUAUUGGCAGCCCGAACUAAACAAGCAGUUGAAAUCCCUGUAUCAUGGUGCUGAAUUCCCGCCUAGGCCGAACUACCCUUUCACCGACAACACAGACUAUCGUGGAGUCGACCCGGAUCCUAUCAACGCGAUGGCCAUGGACUGUGUCCUGGCUUUGAACAUGUUCGGGAUAGCCUCUGGAGGUGGAAGUCUCGAUCACGGCGUAGUAUUCGAUUCGAACGGAUUGUUCCCUUCGCUUUCUCUGUUCAAUAACUCGUGCAAGCCGAAUUGCAGCCUUCAGAAGAUCGGGAACUUCAUGAGCGUACGAGCAAACGAAGACAUACCCGCUGGUACGGAGCUCUGCGUCACGUACAAUUGCGCUGAAGAAUAUGUGCACCGCUGCGUCAAGCUCGAAAGACUUAUGGGUGUCCCAUGUUCGUGCGAACACUGCAAAGACGACCAAAAAGACGGCAUGGACGCUCAUGCAAAGAGGAUCGAGAUGCGAAAAUCGGUUCAGGACAGAAUUGACACCGAGGAUUGGCCGGAUUGGCGACACCCUCCUGCUGCCCACGUGGCCUACUUCAAGAAGCGAGAAAAGCAAACCUUGGGAGAUAUAGAAGAGAUGAUGGAGACUUAUGGUAGUCACAGGGACGAUUACCGACCCGAUCUUACCGUAUUCUACAGAGAUCUCUGCGGAAUAGCCAGUAUGGCGGUCCAUCAUAAUCGUGGUCCGGAUCAGAUUCAGCUCUUCAUCGACGCCUCGAUCGGAAGCUUGAGGUGUUCGGGCAUCGAACUCGCCGACGAUCCCAAGCCCAAGGGGAAGGACAGAAGCAUUCGGCAAUUUAGCGGUCUACCAAUUCGCACCUUGCCUUAUACGGGCAUCGAAGCAGCCAUCCAGACGAUGAUUCACCUCAGCAUUUGGUACAGCCGUAAAAAGAGGGAUCAACGUACCAGUCUCGCUUGGUCGAAAGCUGCCGAGACCGUCGCGUUCCUGACGAUUGCGCCGUGUCCCAAACUCUACAAGUUUCAGUUCGAUCUGGUAAGCUGA